AUGCUCCGCCGACAAGCCCGCCAGCGCCGCGAGUUCCUCUACCAGAAGUCUCUCGAGCAGAAGGAGCAGCAGAUAUGGCAGCGCAAGCAGGCGGUCAAGGACUUGCUCGCCAAGGGCAAGCAGGUGCCGCGGGGUCACGGUGCGGGCGAGCGGGAGAUGCGGAUGGACGCGGCGCAAGAUGCCCCGCUCACCCACAUCGACGACGAGUACGCGCAGGCCGGCAUUGAGGAUCCCCGAGUGCUCAUCACAACCUCGCGCGACCCGUCUUCCAAACUCCAGCAGUUCGCAAAGGAGCUCCGCCUUUGCAUCCCUAACUCGACACGCAUCAACCGCGGAAACUACGUCAUGUCGGAACUUUCAGACGCCUGCCGCGCGAACCAGAUGACCGACCUCAUCGUCGUUCACGAGCACCGCGGCGUGCCCGACGCGCUCAUGCUCUCGCACUUCCCGCACGGUCCGACGGUGUUAUUCACGUUGACGGGAGUCGUGUUGCGGCAUGACUUGGGCGGGUUGCAGGGGACGACGAUCAGCGAGGCGUACCCUCAUCUCAUCUUCGAAGGUUUCGGCUCGAAGCUCGGCAAGCGGGUGCAGGAUGUCCUCAAGUAUAUCUUCCCGGUGCCCAAAGAGGACUCGAAGCGAACACUCGCAUUCGUCAACGAAGGCGACUUCAUCUCGUUCCGGCACCACGUCUUCGUCAAGACUUCUCACAAGGAGGUCCAGCUCGCCGAGGUCGGACCGCGGUUCGAGAUGCGGCCUUACGAGAUCCGGAACGGGACGAUCGAGCAACAGGAGGCGGACGUCGAGUGGGUGCUGCGGCCGUACAUGCGGACUGGGCGGAAGAGGAACCAGCUAUAG